GUUGCAAUUUGCAAACCUACGCUUAAAAGAGAUUUAAGGGAGUCGGUCGCUCCGUCUUUUUCCGGAAAGCGCGCCACAUCUUCUAUCAUUUUAUCUACUUCUCAGCCAAAUGAGCAUGAAAGUUGAAAGCUUUCCCAGUAAGAGAGCCAUUUCAGCAUUCAAACGGAGCUUUCAUUCCGGCCACGUUUUGAAACAGUGUGUUUCCAAUGUGAAACUGAGUAAAGAAGAGUUUGUGUCCAAAUUGCUUGAUAGAAGAUGGACAUUGCCUAUCCCUGAUGCUAAAAUUCACCAAAUAAAGCUUUCAACCAGCAAAGUACAACCACAACCAGGCAGACCCUUGUCUGAUAUUUCCUUCUGGAACAAUACUAACCCAUGUUUUAGUCAUUCUAUGGCGGAAAAGGACGAUUCUUUCUUUAUUGUGAGGGAUGAUUUGUUGCAUCCGUUGAUAAAUGGGAAUAAAGCAAGAAAAUUGGAUGCAUUGAUUCCCCUUGUUGAAGAUCAUUCCGUGACUGAUGUGGUGACAUGUGGAGGUUGUCAAAGUGCCCAUACAGCAGCUGUUGCCGUUUCAUGUUCAGAAAGAGGAUUAAAACCACAUUUACUUCUACGAGGGGAGCAGCCUGAAAUACUGACAGGCUAUAACUUGAUGUCAACAAUAUAUGGCAAUGUCACAUAUGUUCCAAGAUCGCUUUAUGCCAAUAGGGAAAAGAUGUUAAAGAGCCAUGCUGAUUAUUUGGCAGGCAGUAGUGGUAACGUCCUUCGGUUUGAUGAUAUUUUGGAGGCUUCUUUGAAUCAAAGUGAUGGUGCUCUGAAUCUUUUGCAAAAGGAUGCUAAUAGAAGUGACCAUCCUCGGAAAAUUGUAAUUGUCAAUGAAGGCGCAGGAGAUGUUGUAGCAUUACUAGGUUUGAUUCGCCUAGUGCAGUACUUAUCCCAGAAUCACUUACUUGGAAAAGAGAGGGUCUUGAAGUUUGUUGUAGAUUCUGGAACUGGGACAACAGCUGUUGGUUUAGCUCUUGGAGCCAUAUGUUUGGGGCUCCCAUGGGAGGUAACUGCAGUGAUGUUGGCUGAUUCAUAUGAUGGGUACAGACAUCAGGAGAAGCGCUUGAUAUCCAAUUUUAAGAGGCAUUUUGAUAUUCAUAUUGAUCACUGCUUUGAUGAUAUAGACAAAGGAAUUGUGCACUGGGUAGAACGUUGCCACCCGAGAAAAUUUGGCAAUGUAUUGGAAGGGGAAUUAGAGGCAUGCCAACAUAUUGCACAACAAACUGGUAUUUUAGUCGACCCAGUUUACACACUUUCUGCUUGGGAGAUGGCGAUGGCCCUUCAUAAAAAGGAAGCAGAAGUUGGAGGAGGUGUAAAAGUGGUCAUGCUCCACAGUGGAGGCACUCUAGGCAUGUUUGGAUUAGCACAGAGGUACAAAUCUUACUUCUCCAAGCUCAAAGUUGGAUCAUCCAGCUAAAAGAGAUAGUUGACUCAAGUGAGCUCAUUUACACAGCACGGAAUUUAGGCAUUGUAAUCCCACUGAACUUUACUCUGAUUUUUGUACUGAGAAAAUAUGGAAAAAGAAUGGAAAUAUUCCUCUUAUUAAAAGUUUGUAAUAUGCAAGAGGUUCACUGGCCAUGUAUUUAUCCAGCUCCCUCUAUCUUGAUGACGGUUUGUUAUCAUUUCUAGAAAUAUCACAAUCUUUUCUUCA